AUGCACGCCUGGCUGGGGUUCGUUUUAUUGUUUCUUUGCGGUUCCUUUCUUUGCCAACUGGAGCUUCCAGAGGAGUUCAUCAUGGAAUGUGUCAGGCUACGCACCGCUAAGCUUUCUGAUGAGAAUCUUCUCUUUAUCUUUCUCCAUCAACACGGGCUGUGUUUCAACAACAAUCUCGAGGAAGACUGGCACCAGUUUUGUCGAAUGGACGACGUAUCCGGUCAAAUUCAUUCCAUCGAUGCGUGCCAGAUGAUGGUCGGUGCAAUGGAGGUAGGCGGUUUUGAUUUCGUGAAUGUAGCAAUCGAACUGUGGAUGACUGGCAUAUUUUUGGGGCACAACUUCAACACGGCAGGUGGAAUGCCACUCACUACCGGAGCAGUCUCAUCUAAAAUAAUACAAAUUCGUGAAAAGUAA